AUGGGCGCUUUUGCACUAUUUUCUUUGAUCUACGCAUGGAUUGAAAUUGCCACCCAACCGGUUAUGCAUAUUUAUGGACCAAUUUUUGUGGUUUAUAUGGAUAGUCCAAUGAAAUAUGAGAAAUGGAUUGGAAACGAUGUUACUUGUCUCUACUGUGGCUCAUUUGCGCUGGUUAUUUCCCUGCUAGCAACACAGUUUUUCUACAGAUUUCUCGUUUUCUGUCGGCCGGACCAAAUGAAAUUCUUCGAUGGACCGAAACUGAUUCUAUUAUUCGUUCCAUCUAUGUUCUCUUUCAUUUUUUGGAAUUUCUGA